CCGGUGGACCUCCAUCCCUCAAACAACACAGCGUAUCUCCGUAAUUGCAGUUAUGUUCCAGAAAAUCAGCAAAAGGACAUUUUUUUUUCUCCCGGGUAACAACAGAUUGCCGCCAAAAUCUCUUCGUCGCAUACAUCUGCGGCUUACAUCGAUCUACUCCAUUGCCGCUGGAUCACAUGAGACUAGAUCAGGAUUGAUAGAGAAAAUUUGCCUUCUCCGUGGAUCAGCAUCUACUGUGUUCUUCAGCAUGGAAGUUGCUGGCACUUCAUCGUCCAUAGAUCAUGAGACCACAAAUGUGGGAGAGGCUGGUGGAAAUACAAAUGACUAUUACAUCAAAAGGCAGACACUGCUAGUUUUCAGCAGUUACUUGGCUUGCGACCACAACAACCAUAUUUCUAUCAUAGCACUCAACCGAGUCAGACUUAUGUGGUGUCAUCGUACUCGGGAUGGCCAACAUCUCAAAAUUACCAGCUGCCAACUAGUACUCAACCAAGUCGGAGUUCCCAAAUGUUAUCAGACUCGGGAUGGCCAACACCUCAAAAAAGACCAGCUGCCAAUUAAGGUCUUGGGUAGCUAGCCAAUCAAGUCACAUACAAGAUAAACACUUUUAAAUGGCUCUAUAUUACUAUAUAAACUUUGUAUCUCAGGAUUGCUCUGCAAAACAGUUACCUUGCAAUGUAAUAAUUUAUCGUACCAUUCCUUUUGAUGUUAGAUGCACAAUGGUUUUAUGCUCAAAUAAAGAUAUAUACAUGAAUAUGGAAUAGUUGCUUGUCAUUC